AAAUGUAAGAAUAGCUUAUCGUUACUCUCUGGAUUACUGUUCUAUUCCGAUUUUCAGUGGUGAAAAUAUGGUCGAUUUCAGUGUGAGAGUUAAAUAAUGUUACGCAUAUGUUUCUUCCUGCUGAUAGCUAUGUUUAUAAAUAAGUUACUGGAAUACAACGGUUCUGCGUCUAUUCUUUUUAACAAUGAAAAAGCUGAAGUCAACUCACUACAUUAUUUCGAUUCCUCUGGAUGUUACUCUUCAUGCUGCGAUCACAAGUUUUACGAUAGGUCUGGAAUUUCCGGUGAAAAAUUGGUAAUUUCCCGUCAAACUACUAGUGAUUUGGCAGAACUGACUGAAAUUUGGAGUUUUAUUGAACAUUUCUGCAAGAUUGAUGUACAUGCGGACAGAAGAUGCUUAUAAAGCACAAACGUUUAUGAUAUGGUGGUUUCAUAAUAUUGUAUAAUCAACUAUACAAAAAUUUCAAAUAACUACUUUCCUUUUCAAUAUCUGGACUGUAAUGGAAAAUCGUAAUAAAUAUGCAGUCUCAAUAGAGAUUAGUGAGUCAAACCCUAGAAUAUGGUUGAUAGAAGCAACACAAUGUCCUCAGUGAUCCAUCUUAUGCAUAUUUGGCUCUAUAAAAAACGUAGUUUUAUGCUUCUGAAGUUUUCACUACGUUCACCACGUUCGAUAAUUAAAACCAAAGACAAAAUUUCUUUAUUCAAUAAAACUAGAAAUAUGAUACCUACUUUUAUGCUUCCAGCAGUAAACAGUGUACCUGUUAGAGCAGUAUCUAUACAUUCAUCUAAUUUAAUGCCAUCAUCAAGUAGUAAUAUUAUGAACGAGUUCAACCAAGUAACAUUUCUACAUUACCAGUUUGAUGUUGUACAAAUUAAAUAUGGGAUUAUACAAAUAAAAGUAGAUGACGAUCAAGCAACAUGGAAACAAACAACUACAUUUACUGGAUUACAAGUAAUUGAACAAAAGGUUCGUUAUAUUAGCCUUGUAGCUCAACCAGAAAAUACGCAAACGGCGUUUAAUGAUCGCAUACAUAUAACCUGUUUUAGAAAUUUGGAAAAAUCUAACAUCAUGAGGCUAGUUUUGCCAGUGAACUUUAUCCGAAUUCAUAUAAGUAUCACCGUAAACAGACCUCUUUUGAUUUAUGUAAGUACCGUCAAUGAUAAAAUAAACUCACAUCUUAUUGGCAUGGAAGGCCGUACGGCUCGACUGGACUCAAGAUAUUUAGAGGUCAGAGCUGAACCAUGGGAAAAGGAUUCACUAAUAUGGUUUACUGUAACGAAAAUUCCGAUACAUGGACACUUAUUUCUAGUUAAUCGAAGUAGUCAGCAGACAAAUACAAAUAAGGAGUUUGAUGAUAAAAUUUAUCUGGGUGUUAGUUCACAAUUUACACAAGAAGACUUAAGAGCAGGAAAUUUAUUUUAUACCUUUCGCCGUGUACUAGAUGAUAGUUCGGAGAGGACUUCAGAUGUAAGUUCUAAACGUUUUAGUUUAAUCGAUGAAUUCAAAUAUCGUGUUAAUGUAGAAGGAGCUCAACCCAAGACAAUAUACGAUUUUCGAAUAGUUAUCAAGAAGAUAUCCAGCACUACUUCAAUCUCUACUGUUAAAUUUAGUCCUACAAUUAUAAACAGAGGUGGAAUUGUAGAGGAAGGUGGAGAUCUGACUCUAACACCUGAGUUGUUUUAUGCUAAACAUUCACAAUGUCAAAACAAUUCUGUACAAAAGUCAUCUAAUGAGCUAUUUCAAGACUAUGAUCUAUAUUUUCAAAUCCUCUCACUACCUGAACAUGGUACACUUUUAAUAAAAUCACCGUAUAAUUCAACUUUAACCAAUUUAAUUAAUUUGACAGAAUAUAACCACAAAUUAAUUAAUUAUAACUUGUUAAUAUAUCGUCAUAAUGAUGAAGAAGAAUUUAAGGAUAGUUUUCAAUUUCAAUUUUUUUGCCGUCAAACACCUAUUAGCCAUUCAUAUGAUGAUGCUAAUGACGAUAUAACCGUACAUUUAACAGGAUUAUCACAUACUUCAGUAGAUGAACUAUUUGGUCAACCAGUUACUUCUAUUUUUCGGAUUCGUAUUAUUCCAGUGAAUGAUAAUCCUCCGAAUUUGUAUAUAACUCCUCUAUUUGUUGAAUUUAACACAACAAAUAACACACUAAGUAAAUCAUUUAAAAUAAUAGAUAAAGAUAAGAAUUUGCAGAACGAUUAUUUUGAUAAUAAAAACGAUGACAAUAAUAAUAAUGAUGAAUCGAUUUAUAAAAGGGGUGAUUUUUGGAUUUAUUGGGAAGAAAACAAAAACUUCCACAGAAAAGAUAUUAUAUAUCCAAGUUUGGGAUAUUUCAUUCGAAAUCUUGAUAUGACUGUCAGUCGUCGUUUCAAAUAUUCUGAAUUAACUAAUGGUCUUAUUAACUUUAAACAUAUGGGACUUCCUACCGGCCAAGUGAAUCUUAAAGUAAUGGAUGGAAAGUUUACUGUUACUAAGCAACUAACAAUCAAUGCAACCAAGCCCACUUUUCUUGUAUUGCAGCCAAGUCGUAUAACAUUGAGAUCAAACGGGAGAGUUUUCAUUCCUAUCGAGGUAGGCAGUUAAUGAAAACUAUUAUUUUAUUAUAUUCUAUAAAACUGAAUAUCGUGGAAAUGCACUAUUGAGUAUCCGGCUCUAAGUGGAUUUAUUUUAUUUUUACAGUUUUGAAUACUGUAACUUAUUUCCUGCCUGUAGUAUUUAUUUCUAAGCAAAUGAGUGAUGUAGAAAUGAAAGCUAUAUUUUUAUUAGGCUGAGAUAUUUUAUUCUCUGAUUAUUUUGAUAAUAAAUUUUGGCUUUACUACAUGCUUACUAAUGAUUUCUAAUAUAUUAUUCUAAUCUCUGAACAAGAUAUAUUUGCUGAGGUGUAAGAUAGCAGUAUAAUCUAAUUUGAA